AGAAUGUAACACCAGUGUCAUGUCAGUGCUUAUAGUUGGAGCCGGGUUUACUGGCAGUGUGCUGUGUAAAGUGCUCCGUGCAACUGCACCUGAACUAACCCUGACAGUCUGGGAGAAGUCACGUGGGGCAGGAGGGAGACAAGCUACCAAGCGGGACGGUGAACAUUCCUGUGAUAUUGGAACACAGUAUUGUACUCAUUGGAAGAAUGAUGAGUUUUUUAAACCGUAUAUUAAAGAGUUGAAAAGUACCAAUGUUAUUCAUGAGCUCAAGGGUAACAUAGUUAACGCCCCCAAUAAGUACGGUGGUGACUGUGUGCACUAUGUUGCUAAAAAAGGAAUGAAUUCUACAUCAAAAUACUUCCUUUCUGGUACCAAUGUGUUCUACGGGACGAGAGUAACAGCUCUUAAAAUGUUGGAUAACAAGCACACUCAGAUAGAAGUUGUGAAUGCUGAAGGGAGAAGUGCUAUAUUUGACGCUGUGGUAUUUACCAUUCCAGCGCCCCAGUUACUUGACAUUAAUAUGGACGGGAGAAUGUCGCACGAUACCAGUGAUGCAAUAUCUAAAGUCAAGUUCACGCCUCGUUUUUCCCUGAUGGCAGUGUUCGAAGAAGUGCCUCACUACGAUUGGGUCAUGAAGUACCACGAUGAUGAGGUGGUUCGGUUUACUGUGUGGGACAAUGUCAAACGAUCUCAGGGUUUGGACCCAACCCUCCUUAUCCACUCCUCUGCGCCAUGGGCUGUCAAGAACACGGAUGUAAAAACAAAAGAAGAAGCGGGUGAGGUAAUGUUAGCUCGGCUUAAAGAAGUUUUCCCAGAGUUGCCGGCACCUAAAAAAGUCAUACCACACUUUUGGCGAUACGGGCAGAUUUACAAACCCUACCCUGGUGCCCCAGGAUGUGUGACUAUUAGCGAAAAUCCCCUUGUUAUUGCUGGUGGAGAUUCAUUCAUGAACACCUCGAAUUUAUCUAUGUGUGCUCAAGCAGCUGAGAUUCUUGCUGAUAGGGUCAAAGAGGGAUUUAAUAUUCCAAAUAUUCCAAUGGAAUCGUAAGGAUGCUAACUUUUUUUCUAUUUUAAUGAUUUGUCAUAGGAAGUCAGUUACAUUCGAGUUUAUGGAGUUAAUCAAUAGUCAGAAAGCUGAUUCUGGAAUAAUGGACGUGACCCGUUUUUAA